UUUUGAGACUGCUGCAUCCCUCUGCAAGAUAUCUCACUAUUUUUGACUUUUCUGAGCCUGUCAAGUCCUUCUUUUGACCCAUUUUGUCACGGUGGGGUGCACCGGUGUGUUUUUUGAAACAGGACCCAAAAGCAGAUGUGGACGAGGUGUUGCAAGUUUAAACAGAAAGCGAUCGUUUAUUUGGAUGAUUGCAGGGGUUAACCAAGGAACCCUAAGCAAACUAAAAAACACUAAGAAACAAAUACUACAAAGUUCUAUGACUAUGACUAAGACUAUGACUAUGACUAUGGUGGGGAUAACAGACGACCCGACAAUGACAUUCAGAAAACAGAGGACUUAAAUACACACAUGAGGUGAUCAGGGGAAGUGGAGACACAUGAGGAAACAGCUGACUAGGAUAAACAUAAUUAUGCACAGGCAAGAGUAAAACUAACUGCAUGAACACAGAACACAAGACCCUUUUCAAAAUAAAACAGGAAACAUGCAGACUUAGACACGACAACACAACUUAACAGGCCUAACACGCAUGACAGACUAGAAAAGGAACCAAACAUAACCACACAGACAUGACACAUGAAUCAGGGAAACUUAGUACAGGGGAGAUGACAUAACAUGACAUAAGAAACAGGACUACACAGUAAUCUAGAAAUUAACUAGGUGCACUAAGCUAAGGCACAAAAUAAAUACAAAAAAAAUGCAGGCCAUUUACCAUUUAUUAGAGCUUCUGUCUAGGUUAGAGAACACACAGUUUGUGUCUACAUCUAAGAUGAGAUUAUGUGUGGCCAUAUCUGGAAUUUGUGAGAAUAAAUUGACAAAGAAGUUUUCAUCAUCGCAGUUGGGAGCAUAAAUGCUAGCUAAAAUUAGUCUGAGUUGAUAAAGAUGGCAAACCACAAUAAUAUAACGGCCCAUAGGAUCAGAUAAAAUGCUUGAUACAGCAAAAGGGAUGUGAACCAUCCCUCGUCUUAGAGUUAAAGUUGAAGUGAAAUAGUUGGCCUGCCCAACCAGUCCUCAAUUUAUGUUGGUCUGCUAACUGGUUAUGUUAAGCACAAAAAGGUCCUUACACACCUGAAAGAUCUCAAGGCUGAUAUCUCUGUUCUGCAGGAGACUCACCUUUGUAUAGCUUCGACAGCAGCCAUAGAGUUAUCUAAUCAAAAACCAACAUUAUGAAUGUAUUUGCACACCCAGACUCCAAGAAGGAGAAAAAAAAAGUAAAUAAAUUCUGGCAGUAUCCCAAGCCAAGUCACCAUGUAAAACCCGGUGACCCUGAAACCCCAUUUGAACAAGACCACACAUAGAAGUGCUGGCAUUGGGAAACACUAGGACCAAGAGAAAACAAAAAGCAAAACUGGCAGCCACCUGGCUAUAGCUCUGCAAGCGCACAUCUCAGUUCUGACCUGAUAAUCGUGGAGAUAUUGUUUUUCAGAGAAGAAAGGAUGUCCGAUUUCAAACCUUCAUACUUCAUCACGGUGUCCGACUGCAAGCAACACAAUGAACUCCCACUUACUUUCUUAGCAUGUGCUGAGGAUGCGCCUGGCCACUUCCCUGAGGAGCCAGUAUAUUUAUAUUUACGGAGUUUAGAUGCCAUUUCAGUUGUAACUACUGCGCCGUUUUUUUUUCCAUUGGUCAUUGUAAGACUCCUUGUGCUUGCCUCAAAGGGUUGUGCGUUAAAACUUUUCUUUUUGAAUUUGAUCAUUUAGGUGCAAUGGCCUCUCAAAUAGCAAAGGUAUUGUUGUCAUUGGAUGCUGAAGCAGUUGGCUCACUCAAAGAAGGAGUGAAUUUCAAGAAAAGCACAGAGGAUGGCAAGUGUUACAUCAUAUUUAAGAGCAACAAUGACUUUAAAGCAUGCAAGAACCAGUGCAAGCAUCAAGGGGGACUGUUCAUCAAAGACAUUGAAGAUCUGGAUGGCAUGACUGUUAAAUGUACCAAACACAACUGGAAAUUAAAUGUGUCAACAAUGAAAUAUGUGAACCCACCUGACAGCUUCUUGCAGGAUGAGCUUGAGGUAUCAAUGUUGGAUGAUGGGGGGCUUCAGUUGGUGGAACUGAGCCCUGUUGAUCCCUGGAUGGCUGAUCCUCGAGAACCUCUGGAGCUCCAGAAGGGAGAAGUGAAAGUACAUUCCUGGAAGGCAGAGUUUAUCAAGAAUGAGAGGAAGAAGCUGCUGAAUUACAAAGCUACACUGGUGAAAUCCCUGCAGCCGAGGAUCUACUGCCCAUUCGCUGGAUACUUUGUGGAGGCUCAUCCAUCAGACAGAUACAUAAAGGAUUCGAAUAUCAAAAACAGUGCAGAGGACCUCAAUGCACUCAUUAAUAAGCUUGCACCGGCAAUCAAAACUUGGACACCGCAGCCAGGUGCUGUGCUGGACCUCGGCCUCGCUCUGAGAGACCCCACCAACAGGGAGGCCAUCACCAAUCCCCCAGCUAGUGCAAAAAUCUACAAGGACAGCUGGGAGUUCGACUUGUAUGUGAAUGAGUUGAAGAGCGCCAUCAAGUCUGACAUAUUUAAGCAUCAAAACUGGAUCCAGUUUUAUUACACAUGGGCUGGCUUUCAAAACUACAACCUGAUUGUGCGGGUCAUUGAAACAGAUGACAAGUUUGAAUGCAUCACUGACGGUUAUGACUAUCUGGUGGACUUUCUGGAUCUAUCAUUCCCCACAAAGAGACCAAACAGAGAGCACUCCUACUUGGAGAUUAAAAACAGGAUUGGAGUAAUGAGGUACGUGGUGCUUCAUGGCUGUCUAUGGGAUGACCUGUACAUUGGCUUUCAGAACCGCAUCAGCCGAGACCCAGACAUCUACCACCACAAGUACAGACAUUUUAUCUGAUAUGUUUGAGAAUUCUUUCAUGUUCUGUAAAUCUGUUUUUCUGUUCUUUGCUCGUUGACAACUCCUCAUCCAAUUGACUUUAAACGCAGUGGGUGUAUUGCUGGCUUUUCAGGGAGUUUUUAGGAAUGCCAUCCAGAGUAAGAAUCUGGUUAGAUACCAUAUUUCUAAGAUUUUCAGGGCCGAGUAAUUAAGAAGCAGA